GCCGGCGGAGGGGCCAUGAGAGGCCGGAUUUUGCGGGCCUGGCGGGGCCGGUGGAGCGUGGGGCGGGGCUACGCGGAGGCUCAGAGGCGCGAAAAGCCGCCCUGGCGGGUCCUGUUUUUUGGGACGGACGGCUUCGCGGCGGAGACCCUCCUAGCGCUCCAGGCUGCCAGAGAGGCAAAGUCAGGUCUUCUUGUGGACCGCCUGGAGGUGGUAACGCUUCAUUCCCAGCUGCCCAAGGGUCUCCCUGUCAAGAGCUGUGCAGAGCAACUUAAGCUCCCCAUCCACCUCUGGCCAGAUGUAGGUCUAUGUGACCACUUUGAUGUCGGUGUGGUGGCAUCAUUUGGGCGCCUGCUCAGUGAGGACCUCAUCCUGAAGUUUCCAUAUGGUGUGCUGAAUGUCCAUCCCAGCUGUCUUCCAAGGUGGCGAGGCCCAGCACCGAUAAUCCACACAGUGCUCCAUGGAGAUACAGUUACUGGGGUGACAAUUAUGCAAAUCAAGCCUAAGAGGUUUGAUGUAGGUCCAAUUAUCAAGCAGGAAACAUUCGCAGUGCCACCCUGUUGUUCAGCAAAAGAGUUGGAAUCCAUGUUAUCCAAACUAGGUGCAAGUAUGCUCAUUGCUGUUCUGCAAAACCUACCUGAAAGUUUAAGGAACAAGACAGAGCAACCAAAGGAAGGAGUAACUUUUGCCCCUAAAGCCAGCAUUGCAAUGAGCUGCAUCCAGUGGGAAGAACAAACUCCUGAGCAGAUACUGAGGAUGCAUCGUGCCUUGGGAGCAAUGAUGCCCCUGCAAACACUCUGGAUGGGUACCACUGUAAAACUCUUGGAUUUUGUGGAAGUGGAGACAUUACAUGAUCAUAAUGAUAGGUUAGCAGCUGAAAACGGAACCAUCCCAGGAUCAGUGUUCUAUCAUAAGCAGUUGCAGACACUGGUGAUCCGUUGCAAGGAAGGCUGGGUUGGAGUUAAAGCUGUGGUACUUAAGAAGAAGCUGACAGCUGCUGACUUCUACAAUGGAUACUUACAUCCUUGGUUCCAGCAGAAUUCCAAAAUGAUUCCCGGGAUGUGCAGGUUCCAAACACUCAAGCUAGCCCCAGCGAAAAAGAGUCGGCAAGGAACACUGUUGCAUGCUCGCAACACAUAGCAGUGAAGGCCUUGUACACUGUCAGAAUCAACCAGGUGUUUGUCUAUGCUGGCUGCUGGCAGGGUUGGAGACAUCUCAGCGCCAUAUCAUCUCUGCAUCAGAAAUUGAAUCUUGGUGUCUCCCUGUGCAGCCAUCAAUUGAAACAGAUGGAAGGAGCAGGAACAUGUCAAGAGGCAGUGGAGUUUGGCUAUUGCUCCUCUGAAACGGUUUUCAUUCCGACUACCCCGAACAGUGUGUUCAUCCCCAGUAUCUGUAGCCUUGAAAUAAUAUUUUCAGCUCUGCAAGAGGGAUUUAUAUGGGCAUCCUUUCUCUGGCUUUCUAGCCCAACAGUACAUUAAUCCUUGUACUCAAAAGUGCAGGUUUGUAAAGUUACCUUAGAUAACAAUGGUUAUCUUGAAUGGCAUUAUUGAAUGAUAAAUUAUUUUUUACAUAA